CCACGCCAGCUGUCGGGAGGGGUUAAACUAUUCUGUGGCCUCUUCCAGUGCCGUCUUCGCAAAUGAGCAGAAAGGUGGCUUGGGUUCCCUUGCGCGCGUUCGAGCUGGCUGUGAGCCUCCGCGUGAUCGGCCACCUCACCCAGAGCAAGGAACGAGCGGCGGUCGGCUGAACCCGCGGGACUCGCCUCUGUCGCCGCCUCUCCGGGUCCCGCGAUCUCCUCAGGGGCCCAUGAUGGCGGCGGCGUGGAUGGACCCGGCGCGGCUGUCUGUGACCUUCGAUGACGUGGCUGUGACCUUCACCCAGGAGGAGUGGGGGCAUCUGGAGCCGGCCCAGAGGACCCUGUACCGGGAGGUGAUGCUGGAGAACCGCGGCCUCCUGGUGUCUCUGGGGUGUCCUGUCCCCAGACCUGAGCUGAUCUACCAGCUGGAGCACGGGCAGGAGCUGUGGACGGUGAAGAGAGACCUCUCCCGAAGCACCUGUCCAGGUGACAAAGGAAAACCCAAGACCAGAGAAUCUACCACUUCUGAGCCAUCUCUGUUUGAGGGAGCCUCAGUCCAAGAACAGCUAACACAAAGAGUUUCAGAGGACUCCCAGUUGGGCCAAAUCAAUGAUCAAGAAGAGCCAUUGGAAAGGCAUGAAGGAUGCUUGAGACCAGAGAUAGAACCCCAGAACGGGAAGCUCCCUGGGAAUCCAAGCUGUGUACAUGGCAGCUUAGGGACAGCUGGUGGUGUGUGUUCAAGGAUCGUAGAGGAGCCAGUCCCUCCAGGGGGUGCUGUCCUUGACCGUGACUCCUGUGAAUCAGUUAAAGAUCCCCUGAUUCAGGAAGAGGAAAGUCUCUUCAAAUGCAAUGAGUGUGGGAAAGUUUUUAAUAAGAAACGCCUCCUUGCUCGACAUGAGAGGAUUCAUUCUGGAGUGAAGCCCUAUGAAUGCACUGAGUGUGGGAAAACCUUUAGUAAGAGCACUUAUCUCCUUCAACACCACAUGGUCCACACCGGAGAGAAGCCCUAUAAGUGCAUGGAGUGUGGCAAGGCCUUCAACCGCAAGUCGCACCUGACACAACACCAGCGGAUUCACAGUGGGGAGAAGCCCUACAAGUGCAGUGAGUGUGGAAAGGCCUUCACCCACCGCUCCACUUUUGUUUUGCAUAACAGGAGCCACACUGGAGAAAAACCGUUUGUGUGCAAAGAAUGUGGAAAAGCCUUCCGAGAUAGGCCGGGUUUCAUUCGACAUUACAUCAUCCACAGUGGCGAGAAUCCAUAUGAGUGCUUCGAGUGUGGCAAGGUCUUCAAACACAGGUCAUACCUCAUGUGGCACCAGCAGACCCACACUGGGGAGAAGCCCUACGAGUGCAGCGAAUGUGGGAAAGCCUUCUGUGAGAGCGCAGCCCUCAUUCACCACUACGUCAUCCACACCGGGGAGAAGCCCUUCGAGUGCCUCGAGUGCGGGAAGGCCUUCAACCACAGGUCAUACCUCAAGAGGCACCAGCGGAUCCACACUGGGGAGAAGCCCUAUGUGUGCACCGAGUGUGGAAAGGCCUUCACCCACUGUUCCACUUUUAUCUUACAUAAAAGAGCCCACACUGGCGAGAAACCUUUUGAGUGCAAAGAAUGUAGGAAAGCCUUUAGCAAUCGGGCAGACCUCAUUCGGCACUUCAGCAUCCACACUGGAGAGAAGCCUUAUGAGUGCACAGAAUGUGGGAAGGCCUUCAACCGCAGGUCUGGCCUCACCAGACACCAGCGGAUUCACAGUGGAGAGAAGCCCUAUGAAUGCAUGGAGUGUGGGAAAACCUUCUGCUGGAGCACAAACCUCAUUCGACACUCCAUCAUCCACACUGGAGAGAAGCCCUAUGAGUGCAGUGAGUGUGGAAAGGCCUUCAGUCGCAGCUCGUCCCUUACUCAGCACCAGAGGGUUCAUACUGGGAGAGACCCUGUCAGUGUGACAGAAAGGCCCUACGAGUGCAGCGAGUGUGGGAAGGCCUUCCACCGCAGGUCACAGCUCACAGCACACCAGUGGAUCCACACCGGGGAGAAGCCCUAUGAGUGCAGCGAGUGUGGGAAAGCCUUCCACCGCAGGUCACAGCUCACGACGCACCAGCUGAUCCACACCAGGGAGAAGCCCUAUGAGUGCAGUGAAUGUGGGAUGGGCUUCUGUGACAGCACUAGGCUCAUGAAGCACUCUGUCAUCCACACCGGGGAGAAGCCAUACAAGUGCCUCGAGUGCGGGAAGGCCUUCUACCGCAAGUCGUACCUCAAGGAGCACCAGCGGGUCCACACCGGGGAGAAGCCCUAUGUGUGCACCGAGUGUGGAAGGGCCUUCAUCUACUGCUCCACUUUCAUCUUGCAUAAAAGGGCCCACACUGGCGAGAAACCCUAUGAGUGCAAAGAAUGUGGGAAGGCCUUUAGCAGUAGGUCAAGCCUUAACCGACACUUCACCAUCCACAGUGAAGAGAAGCCGUACAAGUGCACGGACUGUGGGAAAGCCUUCAACCGCAGAUCGUACCUCAGCAGCCACCAGCGGAUUCAUGGCGGAGAGAAGCCCUACAAGUGCGUGGAGUGUGGGAAGGCCUUCUGGUGGAGCUCAAGCCUCGUCCGACACGCCAUCAUCCACACUGGAGAGAAGCCGUGUGAGUGCAGUGAGUGUGGAAAGGCCUUCAGUCGCAGCUCCUCCCUCACUCAGCAUCAAAGGGUUCAUACUGAGGGAAGGCCUGUCUCUGUGACAGAUGGGGGGGCGACUCUGCACACUUAUGUCGUUCCGCGUUUAGAGUUGAACCUCUAAGAACUCUUUCUGGGGAAAGACUUCUGCACGUAACCCCUGCUGCUAAUGCUAAGUCGCUUCAGUCGUGUCCGACUCUGUGCGACCCCAUAGACAGCAGCCCAUUAGGCUCUUCUGUCCCUGGGAUUCUCCAGGCAAGAAAGCUGGA